CGGUAUUUUUUGUAUUUUUUUUGGUUUUUAAAUCUCUCAGUUUCAGGAGCCCUUCGGUACCUCUCAUCCAGAAUCCUGCAAAAAUAGCGAAAUAAAGGAUCUUUGCUUCUUUUCUUCUCCUCCCUCGACGCCGGAGAAAUGUUUGAGACUUCCAAGAUCUACUUUUGACUCCAUUAGAGGGGAACUGAACAAGCUUCAACUCUUAAGAAUGGAGGGAGGAGGCACAUUCUCAGGCACUGGCAAUGGAAAUCAUAUUGAGAACAAAGUUGUUCAGAAUUUUCAGAAGAGUUUUGUUCAAGUUCAGAACAUCUUGGAUCAGAAUCGCCUUCUCAUUCAAGAAAUCAAUCAGAAUCAUGAAUCCAAGAUCCCCGAUAACCUCAGCCGCAAUGUCGGUCUCAUCAGAGAGCUAAACAACAAUAUCAAGCGAGUCGUCGACCUUUAUGCUGACCUCUCCUCCUCCUUCGCCAAAUCUAUCGAGUCUUGUUCCGACGGCGAUUCGUCUGCCGGCACAAUGCGCUCUGAUGCUAAGAAGAGAAUUCGAUCGAGCUGAAGAUUGUAUGAUGCUCGAGAAACCAGAGAAAUCUUUUGGCAAAGAGACAAUAAUGGUGGUAAGGAUCGAAAUCCUUUUGAUGAUUGAUAGCAUUCAUAGAUUGACAAAAAAAAAGAAGAGGAAGAGGAUGAAGGUGUGUGAGAGUAGAAAAGCUCUUGAGUUGAAACAUAAUUAUUGAUAUGAUCCCAUGUAAUUGUUUGAACUCCUUGCUAUCUAAUUGGGAUUGAGAUAAUCAUUAUGGAUGGUAUCUAUUGAAGAUAAGAUUAUGAAAAA